AUGAAUUCCUUAGUCAAUCGUCUUGAACGUAAUGUUGGUAUGGAUUUAAAUGGUGAUGGAUAUAUUGGUGGACAAGGCUUUCUUAGUCGAUUAGAAAGAGCAACUCAUAUUGAUUUUAAUCGUGAUAAUAUCAUUGGUCGUCCUCCUGAUGUUAUGUAUGGUUAUCCUAGAAUGUAUGGCUACGGUGUUUCUCAUACAUAUAACCCUUAUGGUUACGGUUAUGGACUAUAUAGAUACUACUAA